AUAACUCAGUUUAAGUCGCGUGCGCCGCCAGUAGGGGACUCUAACUAAUCAUUUCAACAAAUGGCACCUGUUCACUUCAAAGGAAAAGUCGAGAGGCCGCUGAGCUGGUGUGUCCGGGUUCGCACUAAACAACAGUUUGACAACUUCACGGAACUGACUAACCUGCAGCUUGCUCGUUUGGCACCUUUCCACAAAUUUAAAGACAUAUCAAGUCAACCGGAACAGGUGUAGCCGACAAGUGCUCGACAGUUCUAGCCUUGGGAGCAACACCCUUUCUGAAACAUGCGGCUGUUUCUACGCCGGCGUAUGUCUCCUCUUAAACUGGCGCUCCUUGGAGGGACGCUGUUCAUGGUGGUCCUAGUGGUUCUCCAGAGGGAUGUUGGCUCUUCACCUGCUGGGGAUCCCUGGUUUCAGGAGCUGGUGGACAAGAAGGACAAGGUGAUAGUCAUGGUCCGAAAGGCUGUCAACAACAUUGGCUUCCAGAUCGGAGCUCCGCAGCCACCACCAGUACAGGAGCAGCCCACCCAGGACGUCAACUGCCCAACUGGCUUCUAUACACAGGCUGAACUCAAGCCUCACCUGGAGAGACCAACGCAGAACCCCAGAAGCCCCGGGGCUGAUGGGAUGGCAUUUAAAAAAAACCAUAUGACCCCUGAGGAGGAGAAGGAGAAGGAGGAGGGCAUGACACGUCACUGUUUCAACCAGUUUGCCAGUGACCGUAUCUCACUCAGCCGUAGUCUUGGGGAUGACACAAGGCCUCCAGAGUGUGUGGAGAGGAAAUUUCGUCGCUGUCCACCUCUGCCCACCACCAGUGUUAUUAUAGUCUUCCACAAUGAGGCUUGGUCCACCCUCCUCAGGACGGUCUAUAGUGUUCUCCACUCAUCUCCUGCUGUCCUGCUCAAAGAGAUCAUCUUGGUAGAUGACGCCAGCACUGCAGAGCACCUGAAGAUCCAACUGGAGGACUAUGUGCGUCAGCUGAAGAUCGUCCGAGUAGUGAGGCAGCUGGAAAGGAAGGGCCUCAUCACAGCCAGGCUGCUGGGUGCCAGCCUGGCUCAGGGAGAAAUUCUCACCUUUCUCGACGCACACUGUGAGUGUUUCCAUGGUUGGCUAGAGCCCCUGUUGGCACGCAUUGUUGAAGAACCCACUGCUGUGGUUAGUCCAGAGAUCAGCACCAUUGACCUCAACACUUUUCAGUUCAACAAGCCUGUGUCCACCAACCGCGCUUUCAACAGAGGCAACUUUGACUGGAGCUUGACUUUCGGUUGGGAGGCGAUCCCCGAGGAUGCAAAGAAGCUGCGCAAGGAUGAAACCUACCCUGUAAAAACACCCACUUUUGCCGGAGGCCUGUUCUCAAUCUCAAAGAAGUACUUUGAACACAUCGGAACGUAUGAUGACAAGAUGGAGAUCUGGGGCGGUGAAAAUGUGGAAAUGUCAUUCAGGGUGUGGCAGUGUGGAGGGCAGCUAGAAAUCAUCCCUUGUUCUGUGGUGGGCCAUGUCUUCCGCACCAAGAGUCCCCAUACCUUCCCCAAAGGCACAGAGGUCAUCACUCGCAACCAGGUGCGCCUGGCUGAGGUCUGGAUGGAUGACUACAAGAAGAUCUACUAUCGCCGCAACAAGAAUGCUGCAGUUAUGGCCAGUGAGCAUAAGUAUGGGGACAUCUCUGAUCGUUUGAAACUAAGAGAUAGGCUGCAGUGCAAGAACUUCACCUGGUACCUAAACACAGUUUACCCAGAGGCCUUUGUUCCAGACUUAAUGCCAGAUAAAUUUGGAGCUAUCAGAAACUCAGGAUCUCAAACCUGUCUGGAUGUUGGAGAGAGCAACCAUGGAGGUAAACCUGUGAUCAUGUACCAGUGUCACAACAUGGGAGGCAACCAGUACUUUGAAUACACAACUCAUAAGGAGCUGCGUCAUAACAUUGGAAAGCAGCUGUGUCUUCAUGCCUCUUCCCAGCAAGAGCCGGUGAAGAUCGAGCUCUGCCAGCUGAAGGGGAAGGGCACCAGUCUGGCACCACAACAGGAGUGGGUCUUUACUGAGGGAAAUCUUCUGAAGAAUCCCAGCAGUGGGAAAUGUUUACAGCUGAAAGAAGGCCAGAUUAAGAUGAACCACUGUAACUCUGCUGACAUCUACCAGCACUGGACCUUCAGCUGACCUCCCAGUAUGCCCAUCAGGUAACCUCUUGGGGACACCUUGUAGCCAACUCUACAUGGAUCCCGUUGGACUUCAUGCUGUGGAGCUUGGGGCAUUUGGACAUACUGAGUGGAGAGAUAAAGAUGGAGGACAAAGUAAAGACAUUCACAUCAGCUGAAGAUGCUCGGGUUGACCUUGUUUUAAAUUUAUUUAUGAUGGAAACUCAGGAAAGACAUUUGAAGGUGGUUGGGGAUACUCAGACAGACUCUGGACAUGAAGGAGUUGCAGCUUGUUCAUGACUGACUGUGGCUGUGAACUGCAAUGAUCUUUCAGUGAAUUUACACUCCACUUGGAAAAUCACUAAAUAGAGACAACAAAUGGUAAAAUAUGACAGUGUGCACAAGUCUUGCUAAAGUGUAAGAAAUGUCUGUCUUUUUAAAUAAAAGUCCUACUUUUUUGUGUCACAUGAA